UGAUGUAACUUUCGUUUCCUUGUCGGCAAGGGUCACUCAUAUGAGUGUAGGGUUUGGGUUGAGUCUAGUUUACUUAACUGCAUUUUCGCGCUAAAUUAACGCUAUUGUUUUUCAGAGAUGUUACGCACCUUGUGUCGGGCCGGCGGGGCUAUUUUACAGCAAACCCAGCGGACUGCCCCAAGGCUGUGGGUUACACCGGCCCAGCAGCGAUGGGCCUCCAGCCUGCCCGUGAACACUGUGGUCCUGUUUGUGCCCCAACAGGAAGCCUGGGUGGUGGAGAGGAUGGGUCGCUUCCACCGCAUCCUGGAGCCGGGUUUAAACUUCCUCAUCCCCAUACUCGACAGAAUUCGCUAUGUGCAAAGUCUCAAAGAAAUUGUGAUUGAUGUCCCGGAGCAGUCUGCUGUCUCUCUGGAUAAUGUAACACUGCAGAUUGACGGAGUGCUUUACUUAAGGAUCCUGGACCCUUUUAAGGCCAGCUAUGGUGUUGAGGAUCCAGAGUAUGCAGUGACACAGUUAGCGCAGACCACCAUGCGUUCGGAGCUGGGAAAACUAACACUGGACAAAGUGUUCCGGGAAAGGGAGUCCCUUAAUUCCAACAUUGUCCACUCCAUCAACCAAGCUUCCGACGAGUGGGGAAUCCGCUGCCUCCGUUACGAAAUCAAAGACAUACAUGUCCCCCCUCGUGUCAAAGAAUCAAUGCAGAUGCAGGUGGAGGCUGAGCGUAAAAAAAGAGCCACAGUGCUGGAGUCCGAAGGGACGAGGGAGUCAGCCAUUAAUGUGGCUGAGGGUCGUAAACAAGCCCAGAUCCUGGCCUCAGAGGGUGAAAAAGCAGAGCAGAUCAAUAAAGCUGCUGGUGAGGCCCAAGCAGUCUUAGCCAAAGCUGAGGCAAAAUCCAAAGCCAUCCGUCUGCUGUCUGCAGCGCUUACUGAACAAAAUGGAAAUGCUGCUGCUUCACUUAGCGUGGCUGAACAGUACGUGUCUGCGUUCUCCAACCUCGCCAAACAGUCCAACACCAUCCUUCUGCCUUCCAACACCGGUGACAUUAGUGGGAUGGUCUCACAGGCUAUGGCCAUUUAUGGUACGCUGGCAAAGACUAGCCCGAAAUUAUCAGCUGAAGAGAUGGAAGAGAAAAGAGAGGAGUUCGAGACCCAGUCCGAAUCACCUGUAGAGCAGAGGACUCAGUGAACAAACAGGAUAUUGAUCGACAUGGCACCAGAUGAAGCAGUUUAAGUUAUCAGGAUAACGAGGCACCGCUGUCUGAGCAGCUUUCAGAAACCACCUCCUGAUAGGACGAAGAAGAAAAGUGGCUAACUUCAUGAAGUCGUCUGAUGUCCUUGACACAAAGCCCUGGGGAUGUCCCAUCUUUUGUUGAAGGAUCUUCACCGACUGUUGUUUACAUUCAGUUUUUGUAUGAUUGGGAGUUUGACACCAGCCAGCGACUCUGACAGGAGUGCCGACCCAGACAUGGAUGCAAAAACAAUCCUGUCUUGAGCAACUUCUGUCAUUUAAUAUUGUUAUUGUGGUAUGUGUAACAGCAUAAACCCUUCUACCAAUCAGCCUAAAGUUUAAUUGAAACAUAAAUUGUGUUUUUCUCUUCUUUUCUCAACCUGUUUUUCAAGGUUGGUCCAAAUAACUCUAUUCAGGUUUUGUGGGAUCAUCAGUUUUUUCAUGUUGACAGGUCUUUGAGCAGCUGGAUGCCUCAUGAUGGUGGAAAGUUUGUAAAAUUGCAGUUAAUUCUUUUCCUUAUUAUUUAAGAACAUAAUCUCCUGGAAAAGUUAAACUAAGUGUCUGCUUUAAAGAAUAUUUACCAUGUUUCAGAGAAAUUCCUCUCAAAAAGUAGUUUAUUAAGUUUGGUCAAAUUUCUUUGAUGUGUAGUUGGUCACUGUGUACAAAUUACAUGACAGUUUGUCAUAUUAGUCUGUUGCAAUACUUCCAACAAGGAUAGCUACUUUGGGUAACUAGAAAAAUAUUCAACCUUUCUCUGGUAAAUGACAGCCCUGAAAUUUAGAGUUUUGUAAAUACACUUUCCUCCUAAACAUGUUUUCUUUCAUUCAUGAUCUGCAGUUGGUUGGAUUAAAUUACCAUCAUGAAAACAAUACUGGCGCAAUUUAUAUGAGUAGGUGUUCUUCAAGAUGCAGUAUGCUUUCAUUAAAGUUUUUUUUUGGGGGGGCUAUACACAUUUUAAAGUUUGCAGUCAUUUCUCAAUUAUUAUUUGUAACCUGGUGACUUUAUCCUAGUAAAUAUAAUCCAAUACGACUCAAAUAACCCAAAUUUCCCUGAGGACUAUCCAAAGGGAUUAAUAAAGUAUUUGUAUUCUAUAAGUUAUUUUCUCAAAUGUUCCCAUAUUUUCAGUCUUUGUUUUCACCUCUUUUGUCUUAUGGAGUUUAUUUAUUGAACUGAAUGACUGCAAAGACAACAAUGCCAGAAGGUUUAUGGUAAAAUAUUGUAACAGGGAACUGGCACGUGUUGUCACUGGACACUCAGGAAGUAAACAGACAUUAAAGUGUUAUGAUGUGGCAGAAUGGGAUGUUGUGAAUAAAGCGUAUGGUAGCCUUUCCUUAAAAAUGUUAAAUAAUAGUUGGAAACUGUUAGUCAUAAAAAAGAAUGUAUGUUCCCUAAAAACUUUAUAAUCUGAAGUCACAGUUUAAAAAUGAAAGUAAAUAAUAAAAAAAAAUAAAA